CAAGUGACACACCAGCCCUGACUUUAUUAUUUUUUUCUUUUUAUGCAACUGCACAAACAGCACACGCGCGUUUCCUUCUUCUAUUGUUUUUACCAAACACGAUACAGGCAUACAGCAACUACAGAAGCAUCAGUGCACUGUGCCCCCACCCACCGGCCACCAUCGACGACAACCCACCACCGUUCACCAACCACUGUCGCUCGCUCCACUAUAUCUGUUUAAGGUUUGGAGGAUCUUUGUGUAUUUGUUUAAAACACGAUUCCAUAGCUUGUAGACUAAAGAAGAUACGGUUGAGGCUGUGCAAGUGAAAUAUAUGGAGAGAUUGGAAUUGAAAGAAGUUCAGAAACUGGAAGGUCAUACCGAUAGGGUUUGGAGUUUGGAUUGGAACCCUGCUACCGGUCAUGCCGGUAUUCCCCUCGUCUUCGCUUCUUGCAGCGGCGAUAAAACUGUUCGAAUCUGGGAACAAAACCUCUCCACUAACCUUUUCUCCUGCAAGGCGACUUUGGAAGAAACACACACUCGAACUGUUCGAUCCUGUGCUUGGUCACCGUCUGGAAAAUUGUUGGCCACUGCUAGCUUUGAUGCCACCACUGCCAUAUGGGAAAAUGUUGGGGGUGAAUUUGAGUGUGUCUCUACUUUGGAGGGACAUGAAAAUGAAGUCAAGAGUGUAUCUUGGAAUGCAUCUGGAACUUUGCUUGCAACUUGUAGUAGAGAUAAGUCUGUUUGGAUAUGGGAAGUGCAGCCAGGCAAUGAGUUUGAGUGUGUUUCAGUGCUGCAAGGACAUACCCAGGAUGUGAAAAUGGUGAGGUGGCACCCAACGGAGGAUAUAUUAUUUUCAUGUAGCUAUGAUAAUAAUAUUAAGGUUUGGGCAGAUGAAGGUGACAGUGACGAUUGGCAGUGUGUUCAAACUCUUGGAGAACCCAACAAUGGUCAUACAUCUACUGUUUGGGCCCUCUCUUUUAAUGCUAGUGGAGACAAAAUGGUUACAUGUAGUGAUGAUCUUACCCUGAAGGUAUGGGAAACAGAACAUGUAGGCAUGCAAUCUGGUGGUGGAUUUGCACCUUGGAGACAUGUUUGCACUCUUACAGGGUAUCAUGAUCGGACAAUUUUUUCAGUUCAUUGGUCAAGGGGAGGUAUCUUUGCCAGUGGAGCUGCCGAUGACGCUAUACGACUUUUUGUGGAGAACAAUGAAAGUCAGGUUGACGGUCCUUUGUACAAGUUGCUACUGAAGAAGGAGAAAGCUCAUGACAUGGAUAUAAAUUAUGUGCAGUGGAGCCAUGGGGAGAAGCCACUACUAGCCUCUGCAAGUGAUGAUGGGACAAUCAAGGUGUGGGAUCUGGUAUCAUAGUGGUGAUACUAGUUUAGCAUAUUUACUGUAUCAGCAGCAGGAAUUUAUACUUGAGGAGCCUAACAGUAGAAAUGCUAGAUGUGCAGGCAUCCUCAUUGUCCUUUUUCUUUCUCUUAAUUUAAAAUUUUGAUUAUUGUAUUUUUUAAAUCUGGAGUUUGAUUGUAAAUUAUAUGAUUAUUGUCAACUAAACUUUGCAUUUUCGCACAAGAGUUGCUCAAAAUUAUUCACUUGGAGUGAAUUAGUAAUGUAAGUAUGCUAAAAUCUGUGGGAACAAAGGAUAUCCUUAACUAGAGCAACUGGUAACUGGAUUGACUAUAUUGAGCAAUUUCAUGAUCCCUGCAAUUUUCUGUUGGGUAGUAAA